UAUAUGUAAACCCAUCAAAAUUGUUCUCAUGUUUUCGUCUCCGUUUCGUACGACAUCUGUCUUAUAUUAAAUCGGCGACAAUCGAUAACGAGGUACAUAUUUUAACGUUGAAUAAUCCUACGAGUGCUAAUUCACUUUCUUUGCCGUUGAUGAAAGAACUUCUCAUGGUUUUGGAUUCGAUCAAGUUGUCGCAGAAUAUUAAAGCUUUAGUGAUCACUGGUGAAGGAGGAUUUUUUUCUUCUGGACAUAAUCUUCACGAGGUUAUCAAAUUUUCUGAUACAAACUCUAAAAAAGUCUUUUCAACAGCAUCAGAGAUUAUGGAGAAAUUAAAUGAAUUUCCUAUACCAUCGAUAGCAUCUGUAAAUGGUCCUGCUGUCGCUGGAGGUUGUCAAUUAGUUGCAGCUUGUGACUUGGCAAUAUCAGCCAAAUCUGCGAUAUUUUCAGCCAGUAGUAUUAAACUAGGAUUAUUCUGUAGUACACCUGGUGUAUCAUUAGUUCGAGCGAUCGGGUUACGAGCUGCUAAUGAACUACUUUUAACAGGCAAAGCUAUCAGUGCUGAUAGAGCCUACGAAUUGGGUCUUGUUCAUCGUGUAGUUGAAGAUGACAAACUAUAUGAAGCGUCUAUUGAAUUCGCCAAAGAAAUUACUCAACAUAAUAAAGAUGUUGUACAGUUAGGUCGAGAAACUCUUCACAAACAAGCUUCUAUGCCAUUAAUGGAUGCUUAUGCAAUAGCUUCAGAUGCAAUGGUAAGAAAUUUACAAUUCAGUGAUACCAAACAACCUACUCUAUGUAAUGGCAAUGUUAUCGAGUUCAACAUCAAUUUUCAAGUAUUACAGUUUUUAAAGCUAGAUAUUGUUUACUUAUCAGACUCAAAACGAUUUAGAAUUUCCAUCACUUUCAAAAUGGAAGAAAAUUCACAAGUUAUUGAUAAUUCACUAAUUAGUCGAGCAACUAAAGCUGUUCGUGAUUAUUUGGAAUAUGAUUUUGAAUGUCUUGUUUCUGAUAUCAAUAUAUUAACACGUAUGAAUCAAGCUUCAAGUGAACGUUACAUGGAAUUAACUACAAAUACAAAUGAUAUGACAAGAAAAUUAAUUGAUGUGAACAACCGUUUUGCUUCACUAAGUGAUGCCCUGAAAAAAAUUGAUCAGUUCGAUAAGGAUAUAGAACAGUUGGAGAAAAAAGCGUUUGAAAUUGAAACUUUAACCAAACAACUAGAAAAUCGUUACAAUAAAUUGGAAACUGAACACAAUCAUUGAAUGACUGUUGGAGAGGAUCUACAGCUAUUCACUUUGUACACAUACUUGAUUAUAUACAUGUAUGUAUAUUUUUACAACCCAUAAAACAAUACCAAUUUUCACUUCCCAUUCUUUUAUUAUCUAAGAUUAUCCAUUCCUCUUCAGUGUUCCACAAAAGUACAUUUUCGAGCAUUUUCCCAUUCUAUUAGUGAAUGAGUGCUCCAUACGACAGUACGCCACUGUAGUGGAUCUCAACUUUUCAGAUGAAAAAAAGAAAUGAAAGAAAAGUUAGAGCUUUUGAUGAAAUAUUCAGUGAAAAUUAUGAUUUUAUAUAUAGCAAUUACAUAAUAAAUGAACAGAAAAUUACCCAAAAAUCCUUGAUACAGUCCAAAUAUUGACCAUUGAAAAAUAGAUUCGCUACAAAUUCUAAAUGACAGAUCCCGU